UAUUGCUGCAAUGCCACUUCGACACGACGUAGGUCGUGGUCAUCUGCUGUUCGUUUUGUCCCUGAAGGCGUUCGUCUCUGAGCGUUCGACUAGUUUUGGUUUGAAAGAGUAACCUAACUGGUCGGUUUACACAACGACGGGGAAGAACUAACUGAUUGGUUCCGUCGCUACUCUCUAUAAUUGCUUUCCCGUCGACAAACAGGCUUUGUCCAGCUGUUAACGGUUUUCGCGAAUUGUUUGUCUGAAAGUGGCAUUCUGUAACGGCGCGUUUGAAACCGUUCGAAUUCUCUAACGUCCUUCAAAUUGCCGAUGAACCGUGCCGUAAUCUGUUCCCGUAACGCUCGCCGUACGGACGCUCGGUACCUUUGCCGCGCUAUGUUUAGCCAGCUUAGAGCCAACCGAGCCCUCAUUUGCCAUCAUGAGUCACAACUCGCGGGAAAUUCCCCGCGAGCGUUCGAUGAUGAGUGUUGCGCAACCUCUCCCCAGUAUCGACCUAUGUAAAGAGCGGAAUAUGACGGCGUUCUUGCGAUCCUGGAAUGCAGCUGUUACGCGACGGCAUGUAACGUGUUUCUUGGGUCGUGAGAAAUACCUUGCCCAAUGACUCGGUUAUGUAGUCAUCGGCAGCUUGCUUGUGCCAUAAGUUCACGUGCGUCAGUCAGGAUCACGUGCGGGCUUUAAACGCCUUACCACGGGUUAGCGUUUGACCUGCCUGCCGAGUAUACAUGCACCAUCACACUUCCAACACCGUGGAGGCUGAGAACUUCGCAGAGAAUUCAUGUCCUUCCUGUGUGAUUGGCCUGAUGUGCUAGCGCCAAAUGUUAGUGUUGGGCUUCAUUUCAUCUCCAGUAAAAGCACAAAUCUGCGAGUGAACAUAAUUCUACAUCGCUGUGGUUGGCAAUGGCUGAAGCUUUAUUUCAUGUGAGCAUGGUGAGCAACGGCUACAGUGGCCCCAGCAGCGGCGGGGGCGGGGCGUUUGACAAGCUGGAGGACGCCAUGUCAACCCUGAACAGCCUGUUCUCCUUCACGAGCCCCGCCGUGAAGAAGCUGCUAGGCUGGAAGCAGGGUGAUGAGGAGGAAAAGUGGGCUGAGAAGGCAGUCGACUCGCUUGUCAAGAAAUUAAAGAAGCGAAAAGGGGCUAUCGAGGACCUCGAGAAGGCCCUGUCUUGUCCGGGCCAGCCAUCAAAGUGUGUCACUAUUCCGCGGUCAUUGGAUGGACGACUGCAGGUUUCACACCGAAAAGGCCUGCCUCACGUGAUCUACUGUCGGGUCUGGAGAUGGCCAGACCUACAGAGCCACCAUGAACUCAAGCCCCUUGAAUGCUGUGAAUACCCCUUCUCAGCAAAACAGAAGGAAGUGUGCAUCAACCCUUACCACUACAAGAGAGUUGAAAGUCCGGUCCUGCCUCCCGUGCUGGUUCCCCGGCACAGCGAGUACCCUCCAGGGGGCCACACAAUGAUUCCCCCAGUUUUCCAACAAGUGGGCGAGUCCGCAAUGCCGCACAACGUCAGCUUCUCGGCGCAAGGUUUUAGUGCCACCACUUCGGGGUCAGCGGCCUCGACGGGCACACCCGCUGCAGCGGGACCCACAGCAGCUGCGGGUGUUCCCUCACCGGGCCCAAGCCUUGGCAGCUCCGCACCCAACAGCCCCUUUGGAUUGCCUGCAGACACUCCUCCACCUGCUUACUCAGCUCAGGACGACAGUCAAUCUGCCACUGAUGACCAGCCCCAAUCAAUGGACACAUCGACUGUUCCUCCUGAUGUGUCCCCAGUCACCUACCAAGAACCACAGUAUUGGUGCACCAUUUCUUAUUAUGAGCUAAACUCAAGGGUGGGUGAAAUCUUCCAUGCACAGAGCCACAGCAUUGUCAUCGAUGGCUUCACCGAUCCAUCAAACAACAGCAACCGCUUCUGCCUUGGCCUCUUAUCAAAUGUCAACCGCAACUCAACCAUUGAGAACACACGGCGGCACAUUGGAAAGGGGGUUCAUCUGUACUACGUUGGAGGCGAAGUUUAUGCCGAAUGCCUCAGUGACAGUGCCAUCUUUGUACAGAGUAGGAACUGCAACCACUCGCACCAGUUUCAUCCAACCACUGUUUGCAAGAUUCCGUCAGGCUGCAGCCUGAAGAUCUUCAACAACCGAGAAUUUGCCGAACUGCUGACCAUGGCAGUCAACAAUGGCUUUGAAGCUGUGUAUGAGCUGACCAAAAUGUGCAUCAUCCGCAUGAGCUUUGUCAAGGGCUGGGGUGCAGAGUACCACCGCCAGGAUGUGACUUCGACGCCUUGCUGGAUUGAAGUGCACCUCUCUGGGCCCUUGCAGUGGCUUGACAAGGUGCUCACGCAAAUGGGCUCACCGCACAACCCAAUCUCGUCGGUUUCGUGACAAGACCCCUCGUUUUCUUUUCUACCGGCAGUACUCCCCUCGUCACCCGUUCCUCUGCCGUUCACAGAUCCCCUCCCUCCCGCCAUGUUUUACAAGCAGUCUCAACACCCAAACAUCUUCUGCAAGCGACAAGAUGGCCUUCUCUUGUUCUUCUUCUGGCAUGCUUGGUGUUGUGUUGUUUUUGGAGUCGGCUACUCAGCGUGUUUGCUGGAAACUAUGUCCUCCAGGUGUGCUUGGCCUCAAGUUGGUGCCAUUCUCUCUGGGUGCUAGUGUGAGCACAAAGCAAGAUGCCUGCUUGUGGUGGUGUGGUUCCCUCAGCUUCGCCGUGACAGUCUUUUUUUUUUUGUGUGUGUGUGUGUGUGUAUGUAUGUAUGUAUGUUUGAAAGCUCCCUUGUGUGUUAGACAAACACGUGGCACUCAAGACGCGCGAGCCGAGCGACAGGCGCAGUUUGCGGGGGUUUCACCACUGUGCGGUGACUCGUGUCACAUCCGCUACCAAUCGAGUCCACGGGGUGCAUUGCGCGGAUUUUUCUUUUACACAUGCAAAGGGCCUGGAAGGUUGCUUUCUGGGUGGUAGUAUCAGCACAUAUACCAGCACAUUUGCGAAGGCAUGAAAGUGGGCUAGUUUGGUGAAUGUCCAUCAUUCUUGCGCUCAUGGUGAGACAAUGGGGCACAGACGUGAAUGCAAAGAGACGGCACUAGACAGGUGAAGUGCAGCAACAUUUCUUGAAGAAGGAAGGGUGAGAGCAGUGUUAGAGCCAUAAUUGCAAUCAUCUUUGUCUUCGCUGCAACUUGCAAACUGAGCACAAGAAAGUCUAUUGUGCCCUGCUGUUGCCAUUAACACAGGAAUGAUUGACGUUUGAGGAGCAUUGUCUUGCCUCAUUUAAAUAAGAUAAGGUUGCAGUCAGCAGACACCAUCGACCAUGUCCUAUGAAAGGUCUUUUGGCUGGCCUGUCUCUUCGCAAAUUACUGUAAAAGCUUUAUAAAGGGGGAGUAACUUAUCAGUAAUUUUCACAUGAUGAGGCUUAUGCACGAGACAGAUGGUAUAGCUCUGUAUAUUGUCCGCUGUAUGACUGGUUGUACCAACAACCACGUCCAACAAGUUUCAGGCAGGUUCCAAAAGUUGGAGCGGCCAUGUUAUCAAGAAUCCUGCUUGUCUCAUCGAAUGCUGUGUUGUACCAUGUGUCUGCUGCAUUACUUGGUUGUUAGCAAGCUCCUUAUAGUAUGUAAAACAUCUGCACAAGAUACAAGGAACACAAGGACAGGUUUCUGUACUACCAUUUGCAUGUGUAAGAGUGUAAAGGUGCUAGGAAUUGUGCACUUUCCGUCACUGUGUUAUUGCAUUUCUGCACCAACCUUUGAUUGUCAACUUUUGAUAGAUGUUCCUUACAUAAUUAUGUAAGUGGUGAAAAAAAAAGCACAUUGAAAUUUUGUGUCAGAAACUUAAGUGCAAGUUGCACAUCUGUUGCUGACUUUUCACAUUUUUUCGAAUCCCUUUUCACAUUUUUAGUCUUUUAGUCCCCCCCCCCCCCCCUCCCAUUUUUUUUUUUUUUUGUUCAAGCACGUACAGCCUGCUGCUAUCCACAUUUUCUCACCAUAGGCUUUUUUUUUUUUUACCUUAGUACACAGUUUUAAUUCUUCUAUUUUAGUUUGAUGUUACUUGCCAUGAUGACUUGUGUACACAUCAUGCACAAUAUUAGUAUGCCAUGCUUUUGGUUCACUGAAAUUGGUUUUUUAGCUCUUUUGGCAAUUCUGAAAACCGGACGGCUGCCCGUGGAUUAUUUGUGGGUGCUCUGUCAACGUAACCUUCAUGAUUACACCCUUUGUUAUGCUGUAUGCUUUCUUUCUUUUCUUUCUUUCUUUCUUUUUUUUGUUUCUUUUUCUUUUAACUUGCCAGUCAGACAUUUGCAGUCAUCUGUGCUCAUACUUGAGCAGAGAUGGUGCUGUUGCAUACGAGAUGCUGCUUUGUGCUGUAUUUGCCCAAGAUUUUUAUUGAGUCUGGGGUUAUUUGCGCAUUUGGUGUGUGCAAAAAGAAGGAAAGCACUUACAAUUACAAAGGUUACAUUGCAGCUCCCAAAACGAGCAUUAAUGAAUGGACCUAAGCAGAAGCCACAUUUAGCAACCAGUGUCCAUGCUUUGAAAUAGUCUUUCUUCAAGGGUAUCACUUUCAGCUCAAGCAGAUUGGACAACAGAGAAAGAAAUUUAUGUGCUUGUGCACUUUCCUGUAGAUGUUAUUCCUGCAUCACAUAGAAGUUGAGUGCAUUAACAAAAUGAGUGGCAGAAAGCUUGUGUUGACAACGAGAGACUGUCGCUAAAGUGAGCCACCUUAUCAGGGCAUGGGAAGCAUCCCUAGAAGGAAUCGUGUUGGAAUACACCUUUACCUUCGGGAAUUUCACUUGAGUGCAGGGGUGGUAAGUUUUCUUUCUUAUUUUUCUGUCAUCUCCGUGUGCUACCAGUCGAUUAGGGUAUACCAAACAGAUAAUCUCUCCUUCUAAACUAAAGGCUAGUAGCCAGUAUUUUUGGCGUAGAUGAUUAGUCGUGGCUCAGAUUUUAAAUGUCAGCCGAGAUGUUUAUACCUGUGCCACCGCCGUUAGUUCCUAGCCUUCAGUCGUAUGAGCAUCUCUCUUCAUAUGCAGGAACAGAAAAAAAUUUAGUUGAGUAUGCUUUUUACCACGGCGUGCUCUUGAGUGGGUUC